CCAUGGAGGCCAUUUGGCUCUACCAGUUCCGUCUGAUCGUCAUUGGGGACUCGACGGUGGGCAAGUCCUGCCUGAUCCGCCGCUUCACCGAAGGGCGCUUCGCCCAGGUCUCCGACCCGACCGUGGGCGUGGAUUUCUUCUCGCGCCUGGUGGAGAUCGAGCCGGGCAAGAGGAUCAAGCUGCAGAUCUGGGACACCGCCGGCCAGGAGAGGUUCAGAUCCAUCACGCGAGCGUACUACAGAAACUCCGUUGGUGGCCUGCUCCUCUUUGACAUUACAAACCGUAGGUCCUUCCAGAAUGUCCACGAGUGGCUGGAGGAGACCAAAGCCCACGUCCAGCCUUAUCAGAUUGUCUUUGUUUUAGUGGGCCACAAAUGUGACCUCGACACGCAGCGGCAAGUCACCCGACACGAGGCCGAGAAACUGGCCCUCGCCUACGAUAUGAAGUACAUUGAAACCUCGGCCCGGGACGCCAUUAAUGUGGAGAAGGCCUUCACUGACCUGACUCGAGACAUCUAUGAACUUGUGAAAAGGGGGGAGAUCAGCAUCCAGGAGGGCUGGGAAGGGGUGAAGAGCGGCUUUGUUCCCAAUGUGGUGCAUUCGUCAGAAGAGGUGGUGAAGUCGGACAGAAGGUGCCUGUGCUAACUGUGAAGUCUGCACGAGGAGGAAGGAGGCUGACCCUGAGUAACCCCAACAGGUUCUAUUCUACUCCACAGACUUGGUGGGAAGGCAGAGAAGGUGCGGUUGGGGAGGCGAAGCACUGGGGCUUGGACUGCUGGAGAUCAGACACCACAAGGAGGCUAUAACCCUAUUAUGUACGAAUCAAUCCAGAUGCAUGUUAAUAUGGUAGAGAUAAGGCAACGAGAGUCUGGAAAGACUGGGUAGGAAUAGUCACCACCAGUGGGUUUUAUGUAGUUCAAAUAGACUUGUCUUUCAUUGCUUUUUUUUCUUUUCCUCUUUCUUUCUUUUUGAAGCCAUAGUCCAAAUUGGCUAUGAUUAUGAAGGGUAUUUAGAAAAGGAGCAAGGGGAGGAGAGGGAAAUCAUGGCUUCUGUCAGAAAUCACAUGCUCAGCGCCUUUGAAUAAUGAUCUUAUGGUUGAAAUGAAAAAGGCUUGCUGUGAUAGAAAUUAAACAGGUUAAAGCACCGCGGAGCCACUAAAAUUGAACCCAGAGAGACGGUUGCUUUAUGAGUCCCAAUUCUGAUGUCUCUAUUUCUGGGAAUUUGACAGAUCAGGUUCCAGUAUUAAUCUGGGAGAACUUGCCUGUGGAAUUGGCAGGGUCAAUAUUUAUUGGUUAUUUAUUUAUUAGAUGUAUAGCCCACAUUCCUUCAAGAGCCAAGGCCUCAUGCAUAGUGCUUCCUCCUCCUAUUUUUCUCCAGAAAAGCACCCCAGUGAAGGGGGUUGGUCUGAAUGGGGGUGACUGGCCCAAUGUCACCUAAAGUCAUCGAUGGUUGAGGGGACACUAGAACUUGGGUCUCCC